AUGGCUUCGCCGUCUCCAUCAAUGGAAAGAAGGUCUGCAAUUGUCUUUGAAGUACAUCCCCCAAUUUUGCGUGUUUCGCUAAAUUACCGCAUUGUUGCUGUUUGGCACAGGGUUGCCGGGGAUGAAGAUACCACUGGGGGCGUGCGCGUCGCCGAUGAAGCAAAAAUGUCCGAUGGAGCAGACCACAGAGUUGGAUCGGUUGAGGGCGAACGCUCUGCAGGGAUGGAGUCGGACGAGAACGACUUUCAGGAAGAUGAUACAGAACGCGACCAUCAUGCAGAGGCCGAUGUCGACAAUGGGGAUGCGGUUGAAUUGGAAGACAGUUUGGACAGCAUCGGAGGAAUGUCUGAGAAUUAUGCGGAAGACGAGUUUUACGCCGUUGAUUCCGGCGAGUCCAUAGGUUGGAUUGAUUUUUUGAACUUGAGCGCGGAGGAUGUUCUCCGGUUUAAUUUUGCAGAUGUUGACAUUGCAUUUGAGUUCUACCAGCAAUAUGCAAAGCACCAUGGCUUCGGCGUGAGACGUUCCAGAAGCGAAAAACGCGGCGAAGUAAGGAUACGGCAGGAGUUCGUGUGCCACCGACAAGGGUUCCGAUCGCCGAAGUUCUACUCGAUGCCUAACCGGCAAAAGAGGCCGAGGGCCAAGACACGGUGUGGAUGUUCUGCAAGGAUGCUACUCCGCAUGGACGAUGAAUCAGGACAUUGGCACGUUGCGUUUUUUUCAGACGCGCAUAACCACCACGUUCUUGAGUUGCGAUUUUCUUCCAUGCUCCCGGGCCAUCAGAGGAUGAGCGAAGCAAAUAUCGAGCAGAUGAACGACAUGCACAAAGGGGGCAUUGGCCUCUCUCGAAUCCACGGUUUUAUGGCGAGCCUGGCCGGUGGGUAUCAUAAUGUCCAGUACACAACGAGGGACAUGCACAAUGUGUUUGGAGACGUGGUUGCAUUUGAUGCAACGUACAAGAAAAAUGUUUACCUUUCACUUCUUGUAGUAUUCUCCGGUGUGAAUCACCACAACCAAACGGUUGUCUUUGCCGCUGCACUGGUGGCAGACGAGAAAGAAGAGACCUAUGUCUGGCUGCUUCAGCAGUUGCAAACUUCAAUGAAAGGGAAGGCUCCCGUGUCCAUAAUAACCGACGGUGACAGGCAAAUAAAGUCUGCGAUCGAGCAAGUUUUUCCAGAGGUUCACCAUCGACUCUGCGCUUGGCAUCUACUCCGAAACGCCACGAGCAACAUUGGAAAGCCCAAAUUCACCAAAAUGUUUAGGGAUUGCAUGCUCGGAGACUACGAGGUCCGAACAUUUCAGAGAAAGUGGUUUGAGAUGGUUGAGAAAUUUGGAGUGGCCGAUAAAAGAUGGGUACAGGACAUGUACGAGAGAAGGCACAGUUGGGCCACAGCACACAUACUGGGAAAGUUCUUUGCCGGAUUUCGAACAACAUCAAGGUGCGAGGGCUUGCACGCUAUGAUAUCACGGUAUGUUAAGUCUCGAUACAGCUACACUGAGUUUUUACGUCAUUUCCAUCGAUGCUUGAUGUUCGUGCACGCAAAGGAGGUGGAGGCUGAUUUCGAGUGUGCAAAGGGUGACCCUGUUAUGACCACCAACCUGAAACAGCUAGAGCGGAGUGCAGCCGACAACUACACUCGUGUGAUAUUCUAUUUGUUUGUUCCCAUUCUUGACAGGACCUGUGCAAUGAGGGUGGUUGACUCUGAAGACAACGGUUCCUAUUUUAUUCACACCGUCUCUCGAUACGGCACUCCGGGGAAGGAGUGA